AUGGGCGAAGACUGUUUAGAUAUUUUUAAUAGCUUUGGAUUAAGCUCCGCGGACUCUGAGAAAUACGACGCUGUACUAAACAGUUUUGAUAAUUAUUUCGCACCGAAGAAAAAUACAGUUAUAGCCAGAUACAAAUUUUUCAAUUGCGUUCAGGGGGAAAACGAAAGUGUUGAUUCUUUCGUGACGAAUUUAAAAGUUUUGGCUAAAGAUUGCGAUUUCGAAACGCAGGAAGAAAAUCUAAUUCGAGACCUUUUAAUUAUUGGCAUAAAUGAUGUGGCAGUCAAAGAAAAACUUUUGAUAGAAUCGGAUCUAAAUUUAGAGCAGGCCGUGAAAUAUUGCCGUGCUAAAGAAUCGAGCACUAAGCAAAUUCAACUAAUGAGUCAUACGUCUUCGGUCCUUGCAGUAAAAGAGAAAAAGAAUUCAAGCGCUUCUUUAGCUAUUAACAAGCGUGCGUCAUCGAAAAAGAAAAACAUCGUGGAUCAUUCCGAGAGUGAAAGAAAGGCGGAAGUAAAAAAGAAAUGUUCAAAAUGUGAUUCUUAUCAUCGCUACGGGAAAUGUUUCGCUUUCGGAAAGCGGUGCUACAAAUGCGGUAAAGAAAACCAUUUCGCUAGUGUUUGCAAGAAUAAAAAGAUAAAUUUAGUGGAUAAUACAGAUGACUCUGAUGAAUAUGAAACCGAUAGUAAUGAAAUUAGUGUAGCAUUGGUUGUUGACGGAAUCAAUUCCGAGUGGAAAGAAAAAAUACAUAUUAACACCACUAAGGUAUCUUGUAAAAUUGACACGGGUGCGGAGGUUAAUAUUCUUCCACUAUCAUACUUUAAAGUAAUUAAAAGAACUGAAAAUAUCAAGAAGACUAGUAAAAUUUUGAGGUCGUAUACAGGACAUUCUUUAAAUGUCCUAGGAACUUGUGAAUUUUUGUAUGCAUUGUCCAGGACACCGUUGAAAGGUAGUGAAGAUACUAGUUUUUUAGAGGCCGGAGCAGCAGUUGUUCAUACAGUCCUAUCAGCUACUGAUGAGAAGACCGAAGUUCUAAAGAUUGCUACUAGAGAUGAUCCGGAGCUAAUUUUAAUAAAAAAAAUACAUUGA